AAAGAAAACUUUCACUGAUUCACGGGCUAUACUGACGUUAAGAAAUGGUUGUUUACAAACUGAACUAGUUUAAAAAAUAAUAAGAUCUACUGAGUAAAUUUUAGUUUGUACAAUAAAAUAAAACAUCAGAAAUGGACGAUAAUGACAGAUCAAAGCCGCAAUGUGAAAAUAUUCUAUUUGAAUUAUGUUCUUUAAGGGAACGAUAUCCUUCGAAAUGCGCAAAUAUUUUUGAAGAUUGCUUGCAUAUUACUAACGAUAUAAAUAUGAAACCAUUAAAGUCAACCAGGACACAAGUUCAACAUACCUCGUUAAUAGAACCGCAUGAAACAAUUAUAGGAGACAUUUUUUCAACGCGGAAAGAACAGAAGAAAAACAGUAAUUUUGCGAGAACAAUACCCAUAGAAGUUGAAAAUUUAAAAAUAUUAUUCAAUCAAAUAAAAACAACGGAAUCGCUUAUUUAAAAUUUCAUUCAACUUAGUGAUUCCUGAUUCACUUCAUAUCAACGAUGCCGACAAUAAAUUAAUUGCUUCCAAAGAUUGUCGAUUCUAACGAGAAAAAGUUUUUUA